AUGGAUUAUAGAUAUGGAUCGUCGUGGCCUGCCUCCCCGGAUAUCAACUGUACGCUACCUAGCCCAGCUACUUCUCUCUGCGCGAAAUCCAUCUGCUUCAGCUAUCGGAGUGCUAAUGCUGACGGGGGCAGUGAUGGAACUGGUAUCCUUUAUGCGGGUCAAGAGGUACUGGGCGAUUCGCCUACCAUUACUGCCAUUGCCCCCGUUAGUAUUAUCUUCCCCAAGUCUGUCUUAGAUGUCCCGACUACUAUUGAUUUUGGAGGGGGUUAUCCAACCUCCCUGGAGGUAGCGUGGAGCACCACUAAAACUAUCUCUGUUGGUAGUAUUACAACCGUUACCUCUACUAUUACGCGAUAUAUUAUGCCGACUACCAUCCCCCUACCACCUAUUACCACCAACACAAUUAAUUACUACAACUGGAACAUUAGUGACAUUGUCACUUCCAGCAUGGGAACUCUUAUUCCUAGUAUUGAGAUUCCACCAGUUGUGGUUACAGAUAACCCUAACCCGCUAAAUAAGACAGGCGUUACUCACUUACCCUAUGUGACUCGCACCAUUAGUAUUCCCCCGUGGCCUUGGACUACUGAUGACACCAGCAAGUAUCCUACUGUUACUUUUACAGAAGGUAAUCCCCCUGGCCCGACAUGCAAAGCCAAUUGUGGUCAUAAAUGUUACAGCUUUUGCGACGGACCUUGUCUAUCUGACUGCGGCAUGGAGAGCUCUUCUAGCUUUAUUAAUCCGCUAGAUACUGAUGCUCCUUCAGUCAGCAAGUGUUCUGGGCCUGGAUGUGUAAAUGGAAAGUGCACUAACCAUGGUCUGUGUAUUGAGAGAGGCUGUACUGGCAGUGACUGCAAGAGCCGGAUAUGUGUGGGUGAUGACUGCAUUCCCACGGCAUGCACGGGUUCUGACUGCCACAAUGGGCACUGCACUGGCAGUAGUUGCCAGGACCACGGUUGUAUUGGCCGUGAUUGCGAUGGUGGCGGCGGUGGGGGAAGCUCAGGCCGGUGCUUCGGUCCUUUAUGUCUUUCCUGGGGUUGUUUGGGCGCUCAUUGCUCCAGCACUGACUUCGUUUGUACCGGCCCUCUAUGUCGCAUUGUGACAUGCUCCGGUACCGGUUGCUCCAACGGUGUCUGUACUGGAAAAGUCUGCAAGCCUGAAGACUCGGACUGCAAGAGUGAGGAAGCAGAUGCCUGUAUUGAGUAUAUAUCCAGUGCUCUGGUCACUCCGGUCUCAACCUAUUCAACCACCACUGUGACUAAGCGCUGCGAAACUAUUACUGCUUGCUCUGCUAAGCCAACAACCGUAACCAGCACUGUCGACAAGAACGGGCUAAUCGAAGGCACUAUUUCCCUAAUUGACUACGAAGUGGAUGAUGAUCCAUCGUUCACGAGCUCUCUUUUUGAUCAGAUGAGCAGUUUUUAUUCAUCAGCGUUUGAUCCCACUACCACCAGCACGACCACUACCAAAGCCAGCACUUCGACGACGAAAACAACCUCUACUGUCCCAACGGCCACUGAAACGGGUUACAAUUGCAAAGGAUCCAUCCGCUGCGGCACUUUUAAAAAUCUACACAAAUUCUGUGAUAUGGCAAAAAGCUUCCUGAAAGAUGAUAUUGUAUACGGAACCACGGACAAAGAUAAAAACUCUGGAACCUGCUACACAGACGGGAAAAAUGCUGGCUUUGGCUGUGGUGUUUUUGUUGAAGGGGACAACUGUCAAAUAAAGGGAAUGCAAAUGGCCGCUGCCUAUGAUCAUAUCUUCCAGAAGGCGGGGGGAAACUGCGUGGAUGCCAAACUACGAAUGGAAUAUUGGAAGCAUUCAUUGGGAGCGGUUCAGAUUUCACCACGGCUUCCUCAGUUGAUGUAG